AUGUUGGAUGAGGGACAGGGCGGCCGGAGACCGGACCACUUCCGGCUGGCAGCUCGGCAAUUGGCCCUCCGCACCCGCCGCAACCCCGCGUCCGAUUUCUCUGCGACGGAAGAGGAGCAGAGGGGGAGGAAAGAUUUUGCUAUUGGUUCCGAGGUUGAUUUACUAUUGGUGUGUGUUCGCGGAGUCAGCUCCUUAAAGACAUUUACGUACAGCGUUGCAUAUAAGAGGAUGGACUAG